AUGUUCGAAGGUUUCUCGUUUCCCUCCCCGUCGUCCGGCGACAGCCUUUGCGUGCCUGGAAACCGUGACGACGAGGGCUUUUUGCACUGUGAGAGCAACUUGGUAUCUCCUCUAUCUUCACGGUGUCCGUCUCCGCGACUAGGUCCCAGAGAUUAUUCCGCACGAAUCACCAAGCGUUCGCGAUCCCCUUUCCGUCGCGGUCCAGCACCUACCUCAAUGCCUCCUGGCUACGUGGACCGGCAUCGGCUUUCGAUCGGAUCUCUGACCCGGAAGCUGGAUUCUCAGUCACUGGAACAUAACGACCUGAGCAGCGAUAGUGAUGACAGUCGCGGCUACCCGAUAACCCCCCGAACUGGCUACCUCGAGCCCAACGCGUCUGCGAAUUGGAUGGAUCGCAAGCCCAGUAUCGCGUUUAUAUCUCCGCAAUAUGGUGAAAAACGCGACGGAUACGCUACAUCUCCGUUUGACAUCUCGCCGACAUCGACACCUCGCUCCUCGUGGGAUCGCAGAUAUUCUCACCCUGUCAAUCACACCUCAACGCCCAAUACCUCCAGCCCACGGCACGGGAGUAUUGAGGCCAGCAAGCAUCGUCAGUCCGUAAGCGCUCUCCGAUCACAACGCGAAAAGCUGUCGAUCCUGCAAUGCGCCUCGACAUCGGUGGCGGACACAAUCCGCCUUGCUCAGAUAAUCGACGAGGACGAGCGUUUCCGCCAUUACACGGAUGACAAUGUCAACAACGAACAACACCCCAGCUCCCUCCCGCCUUCUCGAACUCCUUCGCGAAGACAGCACAAAAAGCCUGAUCUCACAAAAGCUUCCGGUGGUUCGAUACUUUCCGCUGCGUCGGCCGGCAAGUCAAAAGUUGACAAGUCGUAUGGGCACAGCGAUCGAAGAAGCGGGAGGCCGGGCCAAACCGGACUUCGCCGGAAAAGUUUAGUUCUAGCAGCCGUCACAGCCGUUCUUGAAAGCGAAUCAGCAGGGAAUCACCGAGACUCCGCGACUGACCCUCCAGCAUCCGACCAGCUGCAGUCGCUGGAAAACAAACGUCCACUGCCGCUGUCUCAACUUGCGCUUGCGUGA